AUGAGUUACUACCAACUGGCAGAUAGUCCUUUAGCUUUAGGUAACGAAAAUAUGGGGGAUAAUAAUGAUUCUCCGAUGCCAAUUAUAGGCGUUUAUGUAGCAGCUGCUUCUCUUGCAUGUUCCUUUGCAAUGUUCUUAAACUCAUGUUUAACCUUCAUUAACUCGUUUCCCAAGUUUAAUCUCCGCUUCUCCCGCAAUUUCUUCCCUCUCAAUGCAACUUGGUUGACACUAUUAGCUGUGGCUACCAAGCCGGUAGCUGAUCUCACAACUCCCAAGUUGUCUUACCAAGAUAAUCAGGCAAAAAUUAUGAACACGGUUUUCUUAACUGUGGCAAUGGGUAAUUUUUUCACCUCUCUGGGCUCUAUGAAUAACGCAGAUAUUGUAACCAACCUCACGGCUUUGAGCAUAUUGGUGAUCACCGUGGUUGUCGAUUUAUACAUCCAACUACGUUUCCAUGUGUUUGAUACCCCAUCCUCUUUGGUAAUCAUCAUCCAAAUUGCUUUGUUGUUCUCCACGUGGAUAACAAUUGUGAGUUCGGCUCUAGCCGUUCCAGCGAUUAAGAAACGCGCAGAAUCAAAGUAUCAGAAGCUAGCUUCAGAUGAGAGGCAGAUGAAAGCUGGGCAACAACAUUAUAGAGUUGAAGAGCUUAGAUUGAGCAUUACAAAGUAUUGGGUGAUGGCAGCAUCUGGUAGCCCCCAGCUUCUGAUGAAAAGGUUGGUCACCUUCGUUUAUACCAAUAUCAUCUGCCUAUUUUCUGCCCUUAUUGCAUUUCUAGCACUUUUUAGUUAUGGGAUGGUGAACGAUUAUAACUCGAUUUAUAUUCAAAUUCAUUCUGAAUAUAAGUGGUCGGUCGACUUGAUUUUACUUUCACAAUAUUAUGUCACGUUACCAACUGUAGUCAUAGCUACAAUCUUCAUGAUUAGUGUGGUUGGUUACAAGUAUGAGAACAAUGGGAUCAGAAUCAGUAGAGAAGAAGUCACAAUUGAGUCCUAUUGGACUGAAAAAUUGGUUGAGUGGAGGCAGCGAUCAAUACCUAUAAAGUUUAAGAGAUGCACACUCAGAAAACUUAUUCAUAGCAUCAAAUCUUUGAUCUUGAAUUUCUGCAUACUAAUUCAGAUUGUGAAUGUAAUGUGGUGUAAAUUUUGUAGUGUUAUCUCUUUUUACUUGGUGCUUCCAUUACUACUUUUAGUUAAUCCUUUAGGCAAAUUAAUUAAUCAUUAUUUAGGCCAAUUGUUCCGCAAAAAGAAAGUUUCAGAGGUAGAUCUCAAUUGCUUUGUAAUACUACUUGAAGGAGAAAAGCAAUUCCCAAAAAAAUUAUUGAGAGGGAUUAUUAAUAGGGUGGAUAAACUUGUUGAGAUGGGUAAGAAGCAACGGCCACACAACCUGUUUAAUCUUCUUAAUCAAAGUUUCUCAUUUGGUGGCGUGGUACAAUUUGAUAGCAAUCGAGUUCCAAGUCUAUUGUCUGGUGAACCUCUUAAUUGUUGGACACUUCCGGUGGUGACACUAACAAGCAUCGCCAUUGCAAUUCCAAACAUCGCAAGUCGGCAUGUUGAUUGGUUGGUAAGCAGUGCUAAUGAAGGCCUCCGCUAUGCAAGCCUCAUAGAUGUCUUGGAUGGGAAAUGUGGGUUGAAAAGUAGUAUUAAAAAUGCAGCAGAUGUUGUGUGGGUGGGAGUUGAGCUUCAUAGGAAGUGGUUAGACAUGGAUCUUAAAAGAAAAACUGGAGAAAUAAGUUCUGUUAAGGACAUUAUUCAAGAUCUUACUAAUGUAUCUGAAAGGAUUGUUAUGGAGUUUAGCUCUAAAGAGAACAGAAUGAUAGUGGAAAAUCCACUCUAUUGGCCUGCGAAUGUUUUAGCUGCAAAUUCAAUGUACAGAAUUACUCGAACCAUUCUGCUAUACUAUGAAGAUGGUGAGUGCCAAGGUGAAGAGUUGUUUAGGAUGUUAAUUUGCAUGAUUGCAGAUAUAUUGGCGGCUUGUCUUACCAAUUUGCCUCAUAUGAUAUAUACUAAGUGCAUAAGCAAUGCAAUUGAGGAAAGGCUAAAAAGUGUUCGAGCUGCCGCUAUCAUUUUUGGUGAAACAGAAGAUAUUCUAAAAAUUUUUGAAGAGCGUAAACUUUCAAACGUUGGUCCCAGUCAACCAUUAUGCAUUGAUGAAUGGCGUGGAUGGAUUGAGCAACAAGCAGCAUUAGUUUCAUCUUCUGCAACAAGCAAUGGAGCAUCAUCUGUAGAGUCCAAUGAGCAUGUGGUUAUUAAAAUGCAGGCUUGA